AUGGCGCACAUUGUACCAAAUCUUUUGCUCGCCCGACUGCGUCGAAUGCCCUUGACACCUGAAAACCGCGAAACGCCAGAGCCUCGACCGUCCGAUAAGACCGAUGCUGACGAUGGAACCUACCACCCCAACCCCAUUGACAUUGUCGUCGUGCGCAUUAUGCUCACCCGCUCCGUGAAAUUGCCACCUGACUUGGUUGAUGCCAUUUUCGACUAUGCUGAAUACUGGGCUCAUUCUACCAACGCGAUCGACUACCAGGCAGAACAACAAGAACCUCUGCGAAUUUAUGGUUCUUCUCGGACUGAAGAUAAAUUUCUGCUUCGCUCUUACCCAGUAGGGUUGACAGGUAUCAAAGGCCAGGACACCCUGUCCAAAGAGUUGGCCUACGAUACCCAAGAGGCGACACCCCUACCCAGAGAGAAGGACUGCGAUGCCAAAUAUUUUGCGAAAUUAGCAAAAUACCCAACCCCUCGACUGCUUAACCCAGUGCGCAAAGUCGUCUAUAAGAUUAAAAGCCAUGAUCAAGGGUGGGCUGGUGGAGAUUACGGGGACAAGGGAACGUACAAGGCGUCAUGGACUUGGUUUGAAGCUGGACUAGAAAAGUUUGAUGCAGCACAAACAAGCGAUGCGCAGAGUACGCGUAAUGUACCACAAGAAACGCCCAAAUCAGAUAGUUCCGCUCUCCCUGUGCGCGCACUCCGGGCGGUUUAUCCACACAUUGAGCGAUUGCCAAAGAGUGACGAUGAAAACAAGGAGAAUGAGGACGACAACGAAAGUCAACCCGAGGCGAAAUAUAAAUACGUACAUCCUCUUGAGGGCCAGCCUGAAUGGGAAAUCCAGCGAAAUUUGAGGGCAACAGGUGAUUGGCAAGAACACGUCGUCACCUGGUCAUAUCUGGAUGAUAUCAAGGCGGAUUCAGAUGCCGGCAAGGCGCUCGAGGAUCAAGGACGUGGCCGGGCAACUGGCGAUGGAUCAUUCGUUCGAAGCUUAGUCUUGGGCGAUGUCAUUACCAUCUGGGGCAAGGCGAGAUUUCCAGCAUGGGUGAACAAUGUGGAUAGUGUCAAAGUUGAAGUAUACUGGGCUGUUUGA